ACCAAAGCCAAGCACCUCAUAUGGCGUAAACUUGGAGAAAAAAUCUCUCGCUCCUUCCGACAAAAGUUUUCUAUCACAGUCAUCUCAUCGAAAGAAUCACUCUCCAAACCCUAAAAAAUGUCGGGUGGAUUUUUCCGGGGUACUUCGGCUGAUCAGGAUACCCGGUUCUCCAAUAAGCAAGCGAGGCUACUUAAAUCGCAGAAAUUUGCUCCCGAAUUGGAGCAUCUGGUUAACAUGACCAAGGUUAAGAUGGAUGUUAUUCGACCUUGGAUAGCUACUCGGGUGACUGAGCUUCUUGGUUUCGAAGAUGAAGUUCUUAUUAACUUUAUCUAUGGGCUUCUCGAUGAGAAGGAAGUUAAUGGCAAGCAAGUUCAGAUAUCCCUCACCGGAUUCAUGGAGAAGAAUACUGGCAAGUUUAUGAAGGAGCUUUGGACUCUUCUGCUUAGUGCACAGAGAAAUGCAAGUGGUGUACCUCAACAGUUCUUGGAUGCGAAAGAAGAAGAAGCUAGGAAGAAAAAGGCAGAGUCGGAUAGGAUAGCAAAUGAGAUUCAGAAGAAGAAAGAUGGUGAAAGUAGAGAACGUGAACAAGAGAGAUUGAGGAAGAUGAUGGAUGAACGGGAUGAAAGAAAGGCUGGUGAUGCAGACUUGGACCUGUCCUCAAAGAAUAACCUACCAAAGGGUUCAAGUCCACAUCCUGAGGAUAAGAGGGGUGCUGACCUAAGGAAUGGUGUCCGAAGGAAGAGCAUUUCUAAAUCUCCUUGUUCAACUGAUGGUUCUCCACACCCUCGAAGAUUGCUUUCUCGAUCAGUUAGCAGAUCAUAUUCUAAUUCAAGAAGCAAUUCUGAAGACAAACAGAAGUCUAGGAAUAUAUCUAGAUCACCUCCUCCUCGGCAGCGCUCCAUUUCCAAUGAUAGGAUGUACCGUUCCCCGAGAAGACGAUCUUUAACUCCUCGAUCAUCAUGCUCUCCCACAAGACGAAGACCAUCUUAUUACCGGAGAAUAUCUCGAUCUCGUUCACUUCGUAGAUCACCAUCUCCUGUAAGACGAAGAUUUCGUUCUCCUUACUUGCGCAGGUCUCCUACUACUGUGCACCGUAAAUUACGCUCACCCAUUCGACAUCAUAGAUCACCAUCACCUGUUCGACGUCAUAGAUCACCCUUAUUGGUUCGACAACGAAGAAGGUCUCCUGUUCGAUAUCGUAGAUCUCCAUCACCUAUGCGUCGUAGAUCUCCUUCACCUAUGCGUCGUAGAUCUCCAUCACCUAUACGUCAUAGAUCUCCAUCACCUUUACAUCGUAGAUCUCGUUCGCCAGUUUCUCACAGAUCUCCUUCUCCUAUACAUCGUAGAUCCUUGCUGCCUGUACGUCGUAGAUAUCCAAACUUGCGACGUAGAUCACCCUCUCCUGUGCGACAGCGGUAUCGCAGAUCUUCAACUCCACAACAUAGGUCCUCACCUCCUGUUCAACAUAAAUCAGCUGCUUCUGGCCGUAGGUCGAUAACUCUUUCCCAUGAUAAAUCUCCUGAAUCUUAUCAACCAAGUUCUCUGUCUCCUGUACGUCGAUCAUCUUCACUGGUUAGCAGGUUGCCUGAGGAAAGAAGAUCACCUUUGCUUUCUCUUGGAGAAAGGCAGCAAAUGAGUGGAAAGUUGUCUCCUGGGGGACGUAGGCCCUCUGACGCGAUUUAUCUGCAAAGAGAUCCUGUGGAUCAGAGGGAUGCAGAUGAUAAUGUGCCUGCCAUUUCACUAUCCCCAAACAAGUCUCCUGUCUCCAAAUCUCCUUUACAUGUGAGGAAUCGGUCUGCCUGUGAAGAUAGGAGGUCGUCAAGUCCAUUUGAGAGCCCUACGAGGAAAAGGAGGGAGCUAAUUGCACAUGAUGAUAGCUUGAGCCUUGAACAAAAACCGAAAGAAUUGAGAGGCCAGCGGGAGAGUCAAGAGACUGGGAGGAAGAAUGGAGCUAGCAGAAGCAGGCAUUCACCAAUGGUUAAUAAGGAGAGGGUUUCUCCUUGGAAGGAUCACACUUCUGAACAAUUGGCAGGCAGUUGGUCUACAGAAUCUCAGAGUCGGCUUGAUGAUAGAGAAUCAAGAAAGAAAGACCUUGAAAUGAAGAGUGAGAGGUCUUCUGGAAAAGGGGUUCAGUUGGGAACUCCUGAUCAAUCAAGAUCACCAAUUUUAUCUGAGGAUUCAUUUGAAGACAAGAAGCGAAGUGCAUCACACCUGAGAGAAGGAAAAAUAUCUGACGAUAAGAAUCGUUCCCGUCGAAAUAACAUAGAUGGUGAUGAACACUACAAAGCAGAAACUUCACCGAUGUUGCAUGGAAGGGUUGAUCAUAAUAAGAAUGGUUUGGAUCCAGCUUCUGAAGGAAGUGAUAAACGGCGAACUAAGCAUAAGGAAAAGAGAAAGCAUAAAAGGUCCGAGAGGCAUGAAACUACUUCAGAUGAUGAUUCCAGCUAUGAUUCUCAAACUGAGGACAGGAGAGAGGCUAAGAGGAGAAGGAAGGAAGAAAAGAGAUUAAGAAAGGAGAAGCGUAGACGUCGCAAGGAGCGGCGUCACAGAAGAGAAGAACGGCAUGCUGAGAAGCUUAAAAUGAAAGAUCAAGAUGAUGACUCUAACUUGGAUGGUGAGGAUGCAGUAAAGAGGAACUUUCAUCCAAGUGAUGACAAGGCAUCUCCUGAACAUAAACAGCUUGAAGUGGAGUUAAGGAAGAAGGCCCUUGAAUCACUCAAAGCAAAGAAGGGCAUUAGUGGCUGAAUCUUGUGUCCUGAAUGCUAAUAUUCUAUUUUAUUUUAUGUUGAGCAUAUACUUUUGAAGUUCAUAAAAUAUUUUAAAUUUCAAAUUGGAGUAUCUUUAUAUUGGUUACUGCUUAAUGUAGUUUGUGUUUACUGCUGGCAGCUGAAAGGGAUAAAUGAGGAUAUACUGAGCUUUUCUCUUGAGUACAACUUUUUGCAGACCUUGCUGCUAGAUUUCCGGUAAUAGCUGCCUUCCCUCUAUUGGGAAUUUGUUUUCCUCAUAUUUUAGUCAAGUAGAAGCCAUUUUGCUGCCUUGACUGAUUUUUCUGCGGUUGAUUUAUUUGAUGUAAUGGAUGUGAAUUUGAUUUUAUGCCUAGACUCAAAUAGUUUGUUUAUUUGAAUAAAAAUUAUGUAGUCAUUAGUGAUGUUCUAAUAUGAGAUAUCUAAAUCACCUUUCUGGUCAAUUGGUAGAUGAAUUUUAUUUCAACUAGAUGACUUGGUUGAGCAGGCCAUGUGCAGAUCUUCGAUUUGAGCUUCAAUUCAGUUGCGGAGUUUUAUUCUUUAAUGAGCUCUUUAGGAGAAGAAAUCAGUCUGAAGAUGAAUCAUCUUUGUAUGUUCAUGCUACUUUUUUUGUUUGACUUAACCUCUAUGGUUUUCAGCUUGAUAAUAGUUCCUAGGACUUUGUUUUCUAAAUUUUUUUGGUUCUCAGACUUGUGUUGAGAUGGUUAUGACUUGCUUUAAAGUUUUUGCAGAUGACAUUGACA